UAGAUGAGCUGUGCGCUGUCCGCGGUGCUGAAACCUCCUCCAGCUGCACCCACACCGGAGAUUCCCUCACCUCAGGUUAGACCUGAGCUCCGAUCAUCUCCGCCGGCUCAAGCUCUCCACAAUCCCACCUCAGUUUCUCAAAUAAUAGAACAAUAAAAAAGAAAAAAAAUCCAAGUUGUGAUCUUCGGUGGUGCCUUUUUCUUAUCGCGGGCUGGAUCUUAAGAUGGCACUGCACGGAUUAACAUUGCGCAAGGCAAAAGCGGACUUAUUUGACUGCUGUUUUGUGACUGUGAAAGCAACCCUUUCAGACUGAACGCCUUUCUCGUUUUUCUCCAUUUUUUUCUGGCGCAUCUAUUUUAUUUUAUUUUUUUGUUUCGUCUGGACACAUGCUUUUCGCUGAAGAGAAAUAGGCGCCUUAUUUCUGGAUUAAUAUCUUAACAAUAUGCUUUUUAAUGCUGCACUUAUAUUUGUUAUAGUAUUGUAGAAAUUGUUUUCAGAAGAUAAUUUGGAUAUGGAGCCAGGAAAGGAGAAAGCUCUCCCCACCAGUAAAGAGGGGAUGAAACAAAUAGCAGGAAAGGCCCUCGGGGCUCUGUACAGGAGAAUCGAAAAGCGGCAGCAAACAGGUGAAGCGAUCGAGCUGACGGAGGAUGGGAGACCGCGAGCGGACGAGGAGCGGAAGACGCCCCUGUGUGACUGCACGUGCUUCGGGCUGCCGCGCAGAUACAUCAUCGCUAUGCUGAGCGGGCUCGGCUUCUGCAUCUCCUUCGGUAUCCGGUGUAACUUGGGUGUGGCCAUCGUCAGCAUGGUCAAUAACAGCACAAUCCACCAAAACGGCAAGAUAAUCAUCAAAGAGAAAGCGAAAUUCAACUGGGACCCAGAGACUGUGGGGAUGAUUCACGGUUCCUUCUUCUGGGGCUACAUAGUUACUCAGAUUCCAGGAGGGUACAUCUCCUCCAGGCUGGCUGCAAACAGAGUUUUUGGUGCUGCCAUCGUGCUGACAUCCACCCUGAACAUGUUCAUUCCCUCUGCCGCCCGGGUGCACUACGGAUGUGUCAUCUUUGUGAGGAUAUUACAAGGGUUGGUGGAGGGAGUGACUUACCCGGCCUGCCACGGGAUCUGGAGUAAAUGGGCUCCGCCGCUGGAAAGAAGUCGUCUGGCAACCAUCUCGUUUUGUGGAUCAUACGCCGGCGCAGUGAUCGCCAUGCCUCUGGCCGGGAUCCUGGUCCAGUAUACUGGAUGGUCUUCUGUCUUCUAUGUGUAUGGAUCCUUUGGGAUAGUUUGGUACAUGUUCUGGAUUUUGGUGUCCUACGAAAGCCCGGCAGAACAUCCAACAAUCACUGAGGAGGAGCGCCGUUACAUUGAGGAGAGCAUUGGCGAAAGUGCCCAGCUCAUGGGCGCGAUGGAGAAAUUCAAGACUCCCUGGAGGAAAUUCUUCUCUUCUAUGCCUGUCUAUGCAAUCAUUGUGGCCAACUUCUGCAGAAGCUGGACCUUUUAUCUGCUUCUCAUCAGUCAGCCUGCAUACUUUGAAGAAGUUUUUGGCUUUGAGAUCAGCAAGGUUGGAAUCCUGUCAGCUCUCCCUCACUUGGUCAUGACCAUCAUCGUGCCUCUAGGAGGCCAGCUAGCAGACUACCUGCGAACCCACAACAUUAUGUCCACCACUACGGUCCGCAAAAUCAUGAACUGUGGAGGCUUUGGCAUGGAGGCUACUCUUUUACUAGUGGUUGGUUAUUCCCACAGUAAGGGGGUAGCCAUCUCUUUCUUAGUUCUGGCGGUGGGAUUUAGCGGUUUUGCAAUAUCAGGUUUCAACGUGAACCAUCUAGACAUCGCCCCUCGCUAUGCCAGCAUCCUCAUGGGCAUUUCCAAUGGCGUGGGAACGCUGUCAGGGAUGGUCUGCCCUCUUAUAGUGGGAGCAAUGACAAAAAACAAGACUCGUGAAGAGUGGCAGUAUGUCUUCCUCAUUGCUUCUCUCGUGCAUUACGGAGGCGUGAUAUUUUACGGGCUCUUCGCAUCGGGGGAGAAACAGCCAUGGGCUGACCCUGAAGAAACCAGCGAAGAGAAGUGCGGUUUUAUAGAUGAGGACGAGCUGGCAGAGGAGACAGGCGACAUCACCCAGGGAUACGGUGCGAUGGGAGGUCCAGCUAAAAGCUACGGGGCCACGGGGCAGCUGAACGGAGGCUGGGUGCAGGACUGGGAUAAAACGGAGGAAUACGUACAGGAGCCAGUGGGAAAGAUGUACACCCAGCGCGGCUACUCUUAAACCAGACAGUCGUGGUGAGUCUGCCUACGAAAACAGACUCAUCAUCACCAGUUGCACAAGCAUUAUAUUAGAUGUUUAAAUCCAUUUUGUGUGUUAAAGUAAAAGAAGAUUCAAAAGCCACUGUAAAGAAGUAGUUAAUUGCAAUGCAGAACAAUCCUCAUUAGAGCCUCAUGUUUCUCAUCACAUGUACCGACAGUAGGGCUUCACUAUACAGACAGCAGUCGUACUAUUUAGGACCCAAAGCUCAUCAAUCUACUUGAACAACACAAGCCAGACGAAACUGCAGUCGACCAUCAUGUAGGGUCUUUCUCUGAAAUACUACUCUGAUUGCACUGAAACUAUGAAAGUAUUCUAAAAACAAGAUUCUGUUUCUCAAAUAUGUUUUAUGUACUGUAUAUACCUGCAUACUGUUUCUGUGAGACUAUUGUGAAUUUUGGGUCGUUGAUCUGUGUGAACAUUAAUAUAAAAGGCCAUAUUUUUCAUGGACAGUACCUCUUCAGGGAGACGUCUGCUUGCAAAAAAGGUCUUCUUCUUCUCGAGUGAGG